AAUCCACUUCAGGUCACCGCCAGCUACACCAUCGGACUGGGCCCUCCCUCCCGGCCCGGUCUGCAGGCAGCAAACCCUUUCGGAGAGGCAGGGUCCCCCCGCAGCCGCCUCGGGACAGGACGAGCCCUGAGGUCGCGGCUCUGGGGGCCGGCACCCCGCCCCCGGCAGGGCGCGCGCUGAUAGGACGGGGACCGGCGGGUUUGGACUACGGGAGCGAGCAGACAAACAGACGUUACACAGGAAAUUUCAAAACGGGUUUCCUCUCCACCUGCCCUGGGUCUCCACAGCAGCCUCCGGAGCCCGGCAGGGGGACCUUGGAGGAUUUGCAGCCGGCGAGGGUGCAGCCGGCGCGUCAUGCCCCGCGCGCACCUAGCCCGAGAGACGGCGGGGAUGCUGGCACUGGGGCUGCGUCCCGACACCCACCCCGGCUCCUUCGUGGGCAGCGGGACGCCGCUUCCCGACACCAGGCCCUGAGGCACAGCUGCUGCGUCUUCCGAUCCAGUCCCGGCGGCGUCUACACUGCAGACGCGCACCGCUACAGCAGCCCCGGCCGUUCCAGAUCGGCCCCCCAACCCCCGGCUCCAGGAUGGACAUGAACGUGACGCGUCCGGACAACGCCACCCUCCUGAUGCUGCGGGACCCGGCCAUCGCGGUGGUCCUGCCGGUGGUGUACUCGCUGGUGGCCCUGAUAAGUAUCCCUGGCAACUUGUUCUCCCUGUGGGUGCUGUGCCGCCACAUCGGACCCAAGACACCCUCGGUCAUUUUCAUGAUCAACCUGAGCGUCACGGACCUGAUGCUGGCCUGCGUGCUGCCCUUCCAGAUCUACUACCACUGCAACGGCAACCACUGGGUGUUCGGCGAGCUGCUGUGCAACGUGGUGACCGUGGCCUUCUACGCGAACAUGUACUCCUCCAUCCUCACCAUGACCUGCAUCAGCGUGGACCGCUUCCUGGGCGUCGUGUACCCGCUGGCCUCCGCCCGCUGGCGCUGCCGCCGCUACGCCGUGGCUGCCUGCGCCGGCACGUGGCUCCUCCUUCUGGCCGCCCUGUCGCCGCUGGCCCGCACGGACCUCACCUACGCCGUGGAGGUGCUGGGCAUCGUCACGUGCUUCGACGUGCUCAAGUCCAGCAUGCUGCCCAGCGUGGCCAUGUGGGCGGUGUUCCUCCUCACCCUGUUCGUCGUGCUCUUCCUCGUUCCCUUCGUGGUCACCGUGGCCUGCUACACGGCCACCAUCCUCACGCUGCUGCGCUCGGCCGACCGCCACGGGGAGGCCCGGAGGUCCCGCGCCGUGUGCCUGGCGGCCGUGGUGCUUCUGGCCUUCGUCACCUGCUUCGCGCCCAACAACUUCGUGCUGCUGGUGCACGUGGUCAGUCGGCUCUUCUUCGGCCGCAGCUACUACCACGUGUACAAGCUCACGCUCUGCCUCAGCUGCCUCAACAACUGCCUGGACCCCUUCGUCUACUACUUCGCGUCCCGCGAGUUCCAGCUCCACAUGCGGCACUACUUGGGCUACAGGCCCCUGCCCACUGGCAGCCCCGAGGGGCACCUCGAGAGCCUCGGCUCCGGACGCACGCUGUCCGUGCGCUCCGUGGAGGGGCUGGACGCCGCCGGCCGGCCCAGCGUCAAGCGGCAGGAGAGCGUCUUCUGAGCCGGGCGCCCCUCGGGGGCGGCGGCGGGGCAGCCGGGAGAGGGCGGCGCGGUCCUUCCCCCGCCCUGCGACAAUCCACCCGCGGUCCCUCCGGGCACUGGGAUUUGGCCACGUGCCCGUGGACAGGCCACCUCGGGCCCCGUGCUCUGGGGGCCCAUGGGUCCCUGCGACAUCACCUGUUUCCCCCGACAUCACCUGGUUCCCCCCGCCCCCCGGAGCCAAGCAAACACGGGGGCUCCCCGGCGGGGAUCAGGUUCUCCUUAAAUAUCCCCAAGCCACAGCCCCCAGACCGGAAGGUCGUCCGUCCUGGAGGUGUGGACCGAGGGUCUCUGGGCGGAUGACAAGUUUCUGAGUGUUCGCAGCUACAGCUGCACCUCCCUGACCCGCCUCGGGGUUCAGCUUGCCUCAGGGGCCCCCUCCGGGCUGUUCUCUGGCUCCGCCUCCGAGCUGAGAACCCCGGGCCACGGCAAGUCGUCCUGGGGGUCUGGAGGGGCUCCUGGCCUGACCCGUGGGAUCCUUGGAGGACCAGGGGAGAGCACUGACCACACGAGCCCGUAGCAGGUCUGCUCAGCACCUGGGACACACCUGUGCCAGCCCCACUACCUGGGCUGCUUUGGGAAGUUAAGGGGCCCAGUUCCCGGACUGCCCAGGAUGCUAAACCAGCAGGUUCCCGGGAGGCUGGGAUUUGCCUGAAAGAACAAACUUUUGGGUGCUUUGCACAUCACGAGGAGAUGCACAGGACUCAGCUCAGGGCUCUCUUGGGAAAGGAAAACAGCCCUGCAGCCUAUAAGGUGAGACUUUGGAGGGGCCGGCAGGCGGGGGCUCAGGGACCUCCAGGGUGGCUUGGCUGUGGGGCAGGUGACGUCCCCUCCGUGGGUCAGAGAUGCGGAUGGGGGUUGUGAGCUGAUGUUCUGGAAGCACCUGGUCACAUUGGAAGAGAAGCAGACAUACGUACGCUGGGGUGAACGGUGUCUCGCCAAAGUCCAUGUCCGCUGGGAACCGCAAAGUGUGACCUAUGGGAUCAGGGUGGCCCUACAUCCAACGACAGGGUCCUUCUAAGGGGCAGAAGAGGAGAGACCCAGACACACAGGAGCAGAACCGGGAAGACAGAGGCAGAGACGGGAGGGACGCGGCCACAAGCCCAGGGAAGCCCGGAGCCCCCAGAAGCUGGAAGAGGCAGGAAGGACCCUCCCCUGGAGCCUCUGGAGGGGGCGCGGCCCUGGGACGCCCUGACCCCAGACGUCUGGUCUCCAGGAUGGGGGAAGAUGCAGGUCUGUCCGGGGCUUUAGCCUGCAGUUUACGGGAACUUGUUAUGGCUGCCCUCAGACGUCUGGUCUCCGGGCUGGGGCAGGGUGCAGUCUGUCCGGGGUUUUAGCCUGCAGUUUAUGGGAACUUGUCACGGCUGCCCCAGGAGACACACACACUCUGAAAUUCUGAGGCUGAGCCUCUGGCUCCUGCUUGGGUGGCUGCAGGAGGGCCCAUGCCUGGUGCUGGCUCCCAGGGUGGGACCUGCUUUGUGGAAUCCAGUUCCUCAGCUUGGAGGUGCAGCCUGGAGGGCCCCUUCACCGUCCUCCGCCCCAGGCCACGCAGCUGGGGCAUCUCCACAGAGGACGGUGUCCGAGCCAGUGUCUGUGUUUACAGGGAGCGAGAGCCACCCUCGGGAGCCUCAGAGGCACAGCCGGACGUGCCCCUGGGGAAGGACUUGAGCCCAUGGGUGCAAGGGACGAGAAAAGGGCACGUGUCUGGGACCUGGAUGGUCCGUGCAUGGCGUGCUGUCCCCCCGCUCUUCCCGACUGUCCCAAAGGUGAACCCUAGAAAGCCAGGUCGAGGGAGCAACAGUCUGGGGGCGGAAACCCUGAGCCGGAGAGACAGUGGCACCCACGUCUGGGCGUGGGCCUCCAGCGUCUGAUGCUACAAAAGUGUGAAAAACCUCAAACCACCCUCACAGGACGUUUUUCUGCUGCUUUGAGAUUAGGCGUCACAGUUUGAAUUCAGAGGAAGCCAGUCUAGGUAGUAAUACCCUCCCCCAGUGGCUGUCACGUCCCUCCAGCCUUUAGGUCCCAGAGGGCUGUGCGAGCCCUUAUUUGGUUGGCGGCCACUCCGCCAUCCAGGGCUGUCGACGCCCCCAUGACUUCUGCCUUCUAGGGGCCCCCAGUUCCACCGAAAUUCAGGUGGUCCGACAGGGUCUUUCGAAUUGCUGGGAAUUUCCAUCCAGAACUUCAGGUGACCGUCAACCUGUCCGAGAGGUCCGUCAGAUCACCUGAAAUCCCAGGGCGGGAUUUGCCCCGCUUUCGGCCUUUUAACAAUGUUGUGUGUGUGUGUGUGUGUGUGUGUGUGUGUGUGUGUGUGUUCUCCCCACACACUCCUUCAAUCUGUUGCCCUCUUAAGCCUGCCGUAAAAGGAUAACACAUUCGCAUGUACAUAGACAUGAGAAAAAAACAAGAUGUGAUUCUGUGAUUCAGCCCUUGGGAGGGUGUGGGAGGAAAAACGCAGAGACCCAUAUCCCUGACUUCUCCCCGUGUGCUGGGCGGACAGGUUUCUCCCUCGGACUCCUGAGACCCCUGCCUGACCAAGACCCUCCCAUCUCACGGCCGAGCCGUCCCAUGACCCUCCCACCAGGCUCCCUGGAAUUUCAAGGAUGGCAGAAUCACGGUGUCCUGGGCUCCUGGCGUGAACCGGGCCAGCAGAACACGAACGGGGCACGGGUGGAACCCAGGAUUGGUUGGGUGGGAUGAUGGGGCCUUGGCUUUGUUGAAGGAGAUCCUAAAAUGCUGAAGGUGUAAAUGAAAAUGGUCCUGGGCGGAGUGCUACGAUGGUUGAUGCUUGCUCUAGAAUAUGACAGCAGAUACAAGCAUGCACAUGUACACACGCGUGCACACCCAUAUAUGCACACUUCACACACGUGUACACGUGCAUGCGCCCACGUCUCUGUGUGUGCACGCGCGUGUGUGCAUUUGUGGCGCGUAUUUGGGGACUGGAUGAACGAAAGCUGCCAGAAUGCUGAUAGCUCAUAAUGCUUGAGCCUGGGCGAAGGGAACGCGGGGUUUCAUUAUGUCAUUCUCUUUACUCGAGCCUGUUUUAAAACAUCCAUGCUCAAAACAGGUGGUUUGUUGGAAACUCUCGCACGGAGACGUUGAUUUAUUUUUUCUUCCAGCGUCUGAUCUGUCUUUGGAAACCUACACGGUUCUGUAAUGCCAAUGAGAUUCCUUAGUGCUGUUAACAUACCUCUAGGGUAGGAGUGGAUGUAAAUAAGCGUGCAGGGCGGGUUCCUAAGUGGGAUGAGAUUACUGCUGUGGGACUCACCGAUAAAGGCCCCAACGGUGGACCGGAGCUGGUGAGUUAGCCAGCAGGGAGUCGAACCCAGCGCCUGCCUCAGAGUCCCAUCCCACACCCGUGGGGACCCAGCUUUGGCUGGUAACCCCUGCCGGACAUCCCUGGCUACAUCCCUAGUUUACAG